CUUCUCUCUCAGUAUCCGCCUCCCGUUCAGUACCCAGGUGUCUCAGCAGCAGGAGAUGUGCGGAGCGCCAAACAAACCAAAAACUUUUACGCAUCGUGCAGCUUCACCUGCAGCGACCCUUUUUUUUUUCCUCCUCUCGGCUUCACACCUGAAUGUCAACAACAACAACGAAAACACGCUCUGAACUUCCGUCAGAUUAUCAUGGAUUAGCAUUCUUCCCGCAGGUCUCCGGGACCAUGAUCCCGGUCUCGGCUCAUCUUGGGUCGCCGCCGAGUCUUUUCAGGGAACCGAUCCGAGUUGGAUGGCCUCCACUCCCGUUUCCGCAUUCCCACGGCCGCCGUGCGCACUGCAGCCGCGGAGCUCUGAUCCAUGAUCUCACAGCGAAAAAACCGGUUCCUCCGGCUAAUCUACCCAACUAUUGCUGGCGGUGCAUUAUGCUUUCAGCGAGAGGCAGAGAGAGGAAAGCGAGGUUGCACGACUGGCCACUUUAGACCGUAGCAGGCCUGUGUUUAACCCCGAGGCGCGUCCUAUUGCCUUUCGAUCGGCGUUAGAAUAAACCUUAGAAUAAAAGCUGCAGCCGCGGUCCUUCAUGAUCCGGGAUGGAGGGCUGCUGUCGCAGGUGUAUGCCGUGUUUAAACCGGCUGUGGGACUGCAUAUGGCCAGACUUCCGCUACCCCAACAUCACCAACAGCAGCCGGGUCAUCGCGAACCCCGGCGCGGAGGCUCCGGCCGAGAUCCGGACCGUUUCGGGCGACAUCCGCGUCCCGGCGCCCAAGAAGCGGCCGGUGCAGCUGUACGCGGCGCUGUUCGACUUCGAGGCCCGGAGCGACGACGAGCUGACGGUGAAGGAGGGGGACAAGCUGUCGGUGAUCGAGAAACGGGGGGAGUACGUCCUGGCCAAGAAGCUGACCGGGUCUCUGGAGUCCGGGCUGAUCCCUGCCAACUAUGUGGCUCUGCUGCAGGACGAGUUCGCCAAACACAAGUGGUACUAUGGGAACAUAAACCGCGUGAAAGCUGAGAAGCUGCUGCUGGCUGCCCAAAACAAAGAUGGCUCCUUCCUGGUGCGCAUCAGCGAGAGCCACAGUGACGAGUACACCAUCUCUGCCAGGAGCGAGGGGAAGGUGUACCACUUCAGGAUCCAGCGCUCCUCCAUCGGCGCUUACUUUGUGUCCGACAAAAUCUCCUUCGCCACCCUGGGAGAGCUCAUCUCCUACUACCAGAAGAACUCCCGCAGCCUGGGAGUCCUGCUGGAGGAGCCCUGCGCCCAGCAGCGGGAGCUCUACGACAUGGAGCCGUGGGAGAGGCCUCGCGAGGAGUUCAGGCUCAGCAAGAAACUGGGAGAAGGCCACUUCGGGGAGGUGUGGGAGGCCGUGUGGACCGCCGAGAACCGCCGAGUCGCCAUCAAGAUGCUCAAACAAGAGGACACCAAGCAGGAGGAGUUUGUGAAGGAGGUGCAGGCGCUGAAGAGCCUCCACCACCCCAAACUGAUCCAGCUCCUGGCGCUGUGCUCCAGAGGAGAGCCGGUCUACAUCGUCACCGAACUCAUGACCAAAGGCAGCCUCAAGUCCUACCUCUCCUCUGCUGAGGGCCAGGUGCUAACAUCAGCUCAUCUCAUCUACAUGGGCAGUCAGGUAGCAGAGGGCAUGGCCUACCUGGAGGACCGACACAUCGUCCACAGAGACCUCGCCGCCCGGAACAUCCUGGUGGGGGACGACCUCGUCUGCAAGGUGGCCGACUUCGGACUGGCACGAAUCAUAAAGGACAGUGUGUACACAGCCAGUCGCAACACCAAGAUCCCGGUGCGGUGGACGGCCCCGGAGGCGGCGAUCUACCAGCGAUUCUCCAUCAAGUCGGACGUCUGGUCGUUCGGGGUGCUGCUGUAUGAAAUGAUGUCACGCGGCAAGAUGCCUUACGACGGAAAAAGCAACAAAGAAGUGUUGGAGCUGCUGUCGUCGGGCUUCCGGCUGCCCUGUCCCACACGCUGUCCCCCAAAUAUCUACCGCAUCAUGAUGGACUGCUGGGCCGCCGAGGCCUCCAAGAGACCCUCCUUCCACGCUCUGCACAGCCAGCUGGACACGAUAUAUGCCAGGAUUUACUUCAAGACCAUAGAAGUAUAGAAAAAGGGAGAGGAGGCGGGAGAAGAAGAAAAAAGUCAUGGGGGAACAGGGUAGGAGAAGAUCUCCAGGAGGUUUCUUCUUCCACACCAAACACAGCCAACUGGAUUUCCAUCUACUCCAGUACUGCAAAAAAAAACCUAGAGCUGUAGAAAGGGAUGAGGAAGUGAAGAAGAAGAGAGAGACCUUCAUGCACAACAGGGUAAACUUCAAAACCACAGAGUGAGGAGGGAGGGAGGAGAGGAGAUAAAAGAGGAGCCGCUAUAGGGAAGGAAGAGGAUGUGAUCAUGAAAAGGACGAGGGAAAAACAAGGAGAGAGUGAGUCGCCUUUCCUCUGACUUAAAGAGAGCGAAAGCAAAGCCGGGAAAUGAAAGAUGGAGCUGAAAGGUGGAACGGUCCACGUGUGAAAACUGCACUCGUGCCCGACACAAACUGAGCACCGAAACUCUCAGCGCACCCACAGCACCGACCUUAUUUCACUUUAUACCCCCUUUUUUUCCCCCCUUGUUUUCUAAAUUAUAUUUUAUUACUUCUGUAUGUGCCAUGUCUGUGUAUGCACACGUUCACAUGUUAUGAAAUCCUUCACAGGUCAGGACCUAAACGUUCAUCAACUGUGACUUUGACUGCAGCAUCAGCGCAGAGUCGACGUUACGUGCAAUAAUUAUAACAAGUGCUUCCUGGGUCUCCUGCCCACAAGCCUAGAGUAUUUUAGUCCGCCUACUUUGUAUUGCAGGGAUUUGAGAAGGCAAAAUGUGAUUUCACCGAUACAUUUGGAUACCGAUUUUCUGCAGAAUAAUAUGGGAACCUGUUUUUAUCUUCUGUGACCUGCUUUUGGGCUCAGACCCAGGGCUUGAAAGCACUCCAGUGGGCCAUAUAGUACUGUAUGUAUAUGUCUUAAGUUAUUAAUGCUCAACUGGGCCCACUAUAAUGGCCAGUCACAAUUAGAGUGCCUAUGUUUACACUUGAGACUUUGUACAAACACAGAAGAGAAACUGUCAAAAUGAAGAACACUGAGGCAAACAGGACUGCGCACGCGACCACACAUAUCCAGAGGACUUUUUUUUUGCGGUUCGGGAGGAGUUUUGGACAAUGCAAUUUUGGACUUUUAUGCAUGAUAUUUAUAGAAGACAGAGGCAAGUUCAGGAAACUUGAGCCAUAAUCAGCAAAACACAAAACAUUCAUUUGUGCAUUUUAGGCUCUUACGCCAUCAGGUACCAAACAGCAGCAACGGAAAAGAAAGAAUAAAGUAUUUUAGGUAUCAUUU